AUGCACUUGGCGCAGUGGGCCGACACUGCAACGUCUGCGAUGUGCGACGCCGCUCUCACGCGCCGCGCCAAGCGCUGUGUGUUUGUCAGCUUGACCACAGCGUAUGAAUAUCGCAACGGCAUCAUCGACGAGUCGACAACCGAAACCAGUGCUACGGCGCCGAUUCACUACUUUCGGACCAAGGCGGGCAGCCGAGAAGACAGCGAUCGUGGCAGUGGCCGCAUCGGGCACAACUACAUCUUGCACGGCCCGGCGGCGUCGCUUCAGAAGCUUGUGUUUACUGCGGGUUCGCUUUUGGGCAAAUCGAAGCCACUGCUGCGCUUCAAGGGGCUACUGAACGAGUUUGUGGCGCUCUUCACGCGGCGUGAGCCCGACAUCGCGUACGAAGUCGGGUACGAGCUGCUUCCCGUCGCUGAGAGUAUUGCCAAAACGAUCGACUGGCUGCGGUCCGAGAAGCACUUUCCGUAA